GAUCGAAUUAGUUACUUUCAUAUUCCUUUCAUUAUUCCUCUUGCACUGUAGGUACAUAAAAUCUAGCAGCAGGUAUUCACUGAAUUUUCGAAUUACUAACGCAUUAUUCUAAUUGGGACUGUCCUAAUCACCAGUGUAAUUAGCGAACAAAAAUUAGCGGCUGGUAAUAGGGAAGGGUUUUCUGUCGCCGAAUGCCCUUAAGUCGGCGCUGAUCCAUUAAGAACGCCGAAAAGACGGAAAGUCAAUCAGUAAUAUUCAGUAACCAAAUGCCGAUGAAGAUUCCCUAAGGCAUGUUCGGGGUUCACAAUCGGAUUUCGAAUUCUCGACGUUAACUUUUAGCUCUAGCUGGCACAUGCACUUCGCGUCAGGACGGUUUUAGUUUUAGAAAAAUAUCGCCAGAAAGGCGAACAGUGCGCCUCACAAUUAUUGCAGUUUUGGAUGCUAGUCAGAAGUGGAUUGAAUUUUGAAUUAUGAAGGUGGUGUUUUUGGUUUUUGUUGCUGUUUUUUGCUACGAUUGUGCAGCGGAUUCUUCCAAAGAAACCGAAGAAAACUCGCUGAUCACCAGCGUACUGGCCAGUAAUCUGGAUGGAAGUCCACAAUUGCCCUCUUUGCACGUUUUGCGGGAAGACCGCGGAGAAUUGGUGGAAACAGAAGCGGAAGACAUAAUUCCCGCAGAAGCUUUGAAUAAUCGAGGUCGAACGAUCGGAAAUGGCUUAAGCUCGCAUUCCAUCGCUCUGAAUAGGGCUACUGACAACGAUAGUUCGAUGGUAAAGACGGAUGUGACAGUUAAUAGCAGAACAUCCGGAGAAGAUAAAGUCAAUGGGAAUGAGAGUGUAAAUGGGUUAAUUGUUGAAGAUGAAAAUAUCGCCGAUGUAACCGAGAAAACUACAACUAUAAGAAGCACCACACGUAGUCGGUACACGUACAGACACAAAUACACAUCUAGGAAGCAACAUAACAAUUUGAAGAGGAGGAUUAUUGAAGCUACAACGAAGCCAACUGUAUCAUCGACAAGGACUUAUCAUAGGCACGUUUUCACCAGAAAUCCAUUGAGUUUGAGGAACAAGUUCGUCAUUACCACUACAGCGGCACCGAAGAGUGUAAUCGGUGAAGAAAGUGAUAAAAAAGAUGGAUCUUCGACUGAAACUUCCACGAGUGUUUAUGGGAGGUUUGGAAGAAAUCGAUUCCGAAUGAAACCGCCGAGUGCGAUGAUUCGGAAUUCUGAUGCGAUCAAUACACAUUCAAAUAUUGAUUCUAAUGGCUCGAAUAAUGAUUCAAAUUCUCACGAACCGAAAUCUACUACAAGCAUUUACAAUAAAUAUAGAAAAAAUCGACCAAGAAUGCCGCAAAUUUCCAUGAUUAAAACGGACGAAAUUAUUACUAAAGCACCAGAAGAAGAAAAAGUUAUUGAAGACGAAGAAAGUAGUAGUGAUUUUGAUGCAGAAGAACCUUCCUCGACCACCAUUUAUGAAAAAUUUAGAAGGAAUCGACCUCGAAUGAACUGGAGACCACAAACAAAGAAGAAUACUAAAAUAGACCACAUUAGCAAUGAAGAAGUAGAAACAUCUACUAAUAUAGAAAGCAUUGAUGAAAAUGAAAACCCCACAGAAUUACCAGUUACUACUAGUAUCUACGAAAAAUACAGAAGAAGCAGACCUAGAAUGCAACCAAUUUCCAAAAUAAACAUUGGAGCAAUUAAAACUGAAGUACAAACAGAGAGUAAAACUGUUGUUGUAAGCAAUCAAGACGAAGAAACUAGUAGUGAUUAUAAUGGAGAAGAACCUUCAUCGACCACAAUAUAUGAAAAAUUCAGAAGAAAUCGCCAUCGAAUGAACUGGAAACCGCCAAUAAAGAAAAAUGCUAGACUAGAUCACACUAACAAUGAAGAAUUAGAAACAUCUGCUAGCAUAGAAAACAUCAAUGAAAAUGAAAAUCCCACAGAAUUACCUGUUACUACUAGUAUCUACGAAAAAUACAGAAGAAGCAGACAUAGAAUGCAGCCUAUUUCACGAUUAAAUGUUGGAACAAUUAACGAUGAAUUACAAACAGAGAGAAAAAAUGAGUCAAGCAAUCAUAGCGAAGAAAUUACUAGUGACUUUGAAGAAGAAGAAUCACCCUCGACCACAAUAUAUGAAAAAUUCAGAAGAAAUCGACCCCGUAUGCAUUGGAGACCUGAUGUUAAGAAAAAUCCUAAAUUAGACACAACUAGACAUAUAAAGGAAGAGAAAAUUGUAAAUUUAGAAGACAUUGAUGAAAAUGAAAGCCAAACUGAGUUACCUGUUACUACCAGCAUCUACGAAAAGUACAGAAGAAACAGACCUCGAAUGCUUCCUAUUCCAAAGGUAAAUACAAAAGAAGUUCACACUGAAGAACAGGCAGAAACCAAAAUUGAAAACAAUUCCAAUACGUUUGUUGAAGAUGAAACACCUACCUCUACAACUGUUUAUGAGAAAUUUAGAAGAAAUCGACCUCGAAUGCAAUGGAGACCUCAAGUAAAGAAAAACGAUAAAAUAGACUUAACUAGUGAUGAAAAAGAGGAGAAAUUUAACUUAGAAAAUAUUGAUGAAGAUGAAAGCGCAACUGAAUUGCCAGUGUCUACUAGCAUCUACGAAAAAUUCAGAAGAAGCAGACCUCGAAUGCUACCAACUUCAAGGUUAAAUAUUAAAGCAACUGUCCCCGAGACACAAGUAGAAAGAAAAACUGAACAUCAAUUGAUGCAAAUGCAUUCAAACGUUAAUAACCAAGAUGAUAAUUCGCAUAUCAAUAUUGAAGAUGAAACACCUUCAUCCACAACGAUAUAUGAAAAAUUUAGAAGAAAUCGACCUCGAAUGCAAAGGAGACCUCAUAUAAAUAAACACCACGAGAAUACCCAAUUGCACCCUAUUGUAGACGAAAUGGAAAACAACGAAAGACAACAUAAUCCUAUUAACGAUGGAGCAGUCAAUGAAAAUGAAGAAACACCUGUUGCUACCAGUAUUUAUGAAAAAUAUAGAAGAAACCGAUUUAGAAAGCUACCGAUUCUUCCAUUAACGAUCAGUAGUCGGAUUUUCGAUGAAGAAAUAGAUGAAGAUGACGGAACAAAUAAUCCAAUUAAAGAAUUAAAAGGAAAAGCCGAUUCUCAUACAUUCGGUGUUGAUGGGAAUCAGGAUUUACCCGAUAUUAAAGGCGAGAGCAAAAAUGUUUUGAAGAGAAAAAGUCGCGAAAACAGUUCUUUCAGGACAACUGUACAGGAACUUGAGGAACCAUCGGAAGAUUUAUUUUCCAUUGUCGAAGACCACGAUGAUUCGCUAUUCGAAACCCACGAACCCGGCGAAGAAGCAUCCUUCUUCGAUGUCGAAACUACCAUCAUUCCUUUGCAAGGUUCCAGCGAAGAAAUAACCGUAUCAUUACCAACAAGUUUCAACAUUGAAGAUAAAACUGAAUCAAGCAUUUUUACCAAUCCAGAUGCUGGAGAUACAGCUCAUUUUAAUGUAGAAACCUCUACAAUUCCAUCGCAAGAUCCUAUAAAAGAAAUAACUGUAUCAUUACCAGCUAGUUUCAACAUUGAAGAUAAAGCUGAACCAAACAUACUUACCAAUCUACAUGCUGGAGCAACAUCUACCCCUAGCGUAAAAACCUCUACAAUUCCAUCGCAAGAUCCCAUCGAAAAAUUAAUUGUAUCUUCACCAACAAAUUUGAACAAUCCAGAUGCUGGAAAAACUUCGGAAACCUCUACCAUUCCAUCGCAGGAACCCACCAAAGAAAUAACCGUAUCAAUACCAACAAGUUUCAAUAUCGAAGACAACUCUGAGCAAAACAUUUUUACCAAUACUGAAGAAACUACUACUUUUGAUAUGGAAACCACUAUCACUCCAUCACAAGAAACCAGCGAAACGGUAACCACAUCUUUACCAACAAGUUUCACCAUCGAUGCUAAAACUGAGGCAAAAGGGCUUACUAAUCCAGCUGAACUAGAUUUGGAAUCAACCACCCCCGAAUUGGUUACAGUUGAUCCGAAACAUUGGUACGGAGUUAGUGACCCGAAAGAAAGCGAAAUAGAUGAAAAUGAUAAAGUACAAGCCAAGGAAACAACGAGUAAUGUUUCGAAAGAAGAUAAAACAACUACAGAAGCACAAAUUACUGAAUUAAAUGAAAUUAUUACUGAAGAAGCUACCGAUAAAACAACUACUGUAUCCAUAGAGAGUUUGGAACAAAACGAUGUUCCAAAAAUUGACCAAACCGAAACUACUAAUGUUGGUGAUGUGGAUGAUAAGAAAAAUGAUGCAUCAACACCUGAUCAAACUAAAAUAAUAAACAAUGCCAGCACUGAAAAGAUUGAAAUUACAACAAUUACAAAUGACUUACCUUCAUCAUCAAUUACAACAGAGUUAGUUAGUACAAAUACUAUUAAAAUUUCAACUUUAUUGCCGAUUGCAACACAGAAGACAAGUACUACGGAAAGUACUAUAAUUUCAACAGAAAUAGAUAAUAUUAAUACUAUUGUCAUCAACGAACAUCCAGAUGAAACUCUUGAUGAUACUGACGACGAUGUAAUAGAUCCUUUAGCAGAUAAUAUAACCGAUACAAAAGAACACGAGGAUUUAACAUCACUUAUGCUUGACGACAAUUACAAUGAUGAAGAGUAUGAUGAAACUCAUCACAUCUACAAAAUUCCUCCAGUUCAUAAACCUCAAACAACUACCAAGAAACCUGUUAUAUCAGGAAGCAUUUUGGGCAAGAAAACUAAUCUCACCAUCGAAUUAACCAUAAAAAAUAGAACCAUCGAUGUUCCCUCGAACGUGACCGUGCAGGAAGAUCCCUUAAAUCCCGGAUUGACCUUCACGUGGUCUCCCAAUCGAGACACGAAUUAUACGAUGUCACUGAACCUGUCGAAAGGAGCCUCGAAUUAUUACGAAAUAAAUAGCGUAGAAAUAUACGCCGUGAAGGACGGUAACGUAUCCGUUUGGAAGAAAAACGACUCGAUUCGAGCCGACGAAGAAAACGAAGAACAAGCGCUAAUUGUGGAUGUAGCAGACGACGUGAAAAUAUUGUUCUCUGAUAGGAAAUUUCUCAAAAUGAGCGUCGAAAGUAGAAAUGAAGAUGUGGAAUCGGAAGCAUCAGAGGCAACGGAACAGCUAAAAACUUACUACUUGGAGAUAUGCUUGGGAGUUUUAGCAUUGGUCUUCUUCCUGGCCCUCUUGUUGUACAUAAUAAUAAGAAAAUUAAAAAUUAGAUACAUCAGGGAACAGAACAAACUUCCUACGGAAUCAAACUUUUAGAUAACUUUGUAAGAUAACAAAUAUACGAAUGCGAUAAACGAAUCGGUUAGUUUUCGUUUCCUGCGGAGCUUUUGGGAGCGAUCGAAUCGAAACGUAAUUAGGCG